CUCGAUUCAACGACAGCAAUACAUAUUAGCAACUCCUUGUCGUUUGCUUGAAUUAAAUAGCGUGUCUCCGUCCUUGCUUCCUGGUAGACUCCCCCCGUGUCUUCGUAUCGCAACUCGCUUUCACUAGAACAGUAUCCUGUCUUCGAUACCAUACAAAAUGGCCGAUCCUAUCCGGAUCCCAACAGUCACAAGUCCCUUCCUUAGAUUUGAGGCCCUAGGAAAGCUGACAUGGAGCGAAUGCUUCGCGUUCAACCGCCUCGAAAUAAUGGACAACUUCGUUGGGCCCCUAAUGGCUGUUCCUGGGGAGUCUCAAGCUUCGACUAGGAAGCUAGCGUGCUUACUCUACGCUAUGAUGCAACAGCAACAUGACAUCUCAGCAUCGACAGCAAUCCUUAGAGACUUCGUGAAGCCAGCAGGUCUAAACUACCCGAAGGUCGACCUAUUAGCGGCCGAAGUCUCAACCAGUACCCCAAUCGGACGCGUGCACUGGUCCCCUUCCGGAGCCCCGCGCCUACACGUGUACUGUCACACAAUCUUCGACCUCCUCGGAGCGUGCCUGUCCGAAGCGGCACAUCUCCCGGCCCUUUCUCCGGAGCAGAAAGAGCGGACAAAGAGAAAUUACUUCGCGCGCCUAGCAUCUUUGUAUUCGCAUUGGUGUUUUCGGCUCCUCGAUACCCAAGACCAAGAUCGCCGGCCUGCAAAGAUAGGAUUGGCGUGUGUUGGUAAUGUCAUCGUGCUUGGGAGCUGUAUUCCUCGGGUUCCUCAAAUUCCCGAGGGAAAGGAGGUAAUUCGAAAGUCAAGAUUCGUCGAUUUGAGAGCUAGAGGGCGGCAGGAAGGGUCUAAGAAACAAAUCUUGGAUCCUACUAAAGCGGAGCGAAUAGCGCAGGACUAUGGAAAUUGCGCUGAGACAUGGACUUUCGCUUUGCUGUGUACCUUGUCAGAAGAGAGCCUUCCAAAGGCUUUUGGAGUUGCGGUCAAUAUUCCUCAGACGCUUGUUCUCGAAUAUAACGAACAGGAGGAAAGGGACAUUAGUCGUUAUGCGCCGUUGUGCGUAAACUGCGAAAAACUCAUGAAGCAGAUUGUACGAUGGGGUGCACCUGGGGACAAGGUCGUUGAGAAUUUCACCGCUUGGAGGUGGACCCUGCACCCGGCAGAUGUAUAAUACGGUGCGGGAGAUUGGGGGGCGGCUACCACCCUUUAGCGCAUAUAGGAGUAGGAUUUCGGGUCCUAUAUGAGGCUACUAGAACAACAAAUGAAAGUU